AUGGCUUCCCACCUUGGCAUCAUCAACUUGUUCUCCGUCCAAGACACUGUGGCUGUUAUUACUGGAGGAGGUUCAGGCCUUGGGGCCACGAUUGCUCAAGCUUUAGAAGCCAAUGGCGCUCGUGCUGUCUAUGUGCUCGGCCGCCGAGAGGAGAAGCUGAGAAACAUAGCAAGCAGUGCGGUUCACGGAAGAAUCUAUCCUAUCGUUGCCGAUGUCAGCUCCAAGGACUCUCUGGCAGCUGCAGUCGAGCAAGUACACCAGCGCGAGGGACACAUCAAUGUUCUCAUUGCAAAUUCCGGCAUGAUGGGACCCAAUGUCGCGAAGUUAUUCUCGGGCGGCGAGACCCCUAGUUUGGACAAGCUGCGUGAGGCGCUAUGGGACGUCCCUAUGGAGGACUUUACGCAGACGAUGAACCUAAAUGUCACUGCUGCGUUCUACACUGUGGUUGCCUUUCUUGACCUGUUGGCCAAGGGUAACGCAAGCCGUGACAGAACUGGCCUCCCCUCUAGCCAAGUGAUUAUCACGACGUCCAUCUCGGCCUUCUCACGGAGGCCUGCAGCGGGCUUCGCUUACAGUGCGUCUAAGGCUGCGGCAACGCACCUGGUGAAGCAGUUGUCUACAUGCUUUGCGCCCUACAAAAUUAGGUGCAAUGCCAUUGCUCCAGGCUUCUUUCCCAGUGAGAUGACUGAAAAUAUGCCCUGGAUGAAAGGAAGCAAUCCUCGGCUUGAAGGCAAUCUGUCCAAUGAGACUUGCCCUCUGGAAAGAAGUGGAACAGAGGAGGAUAUAGCAGGUCAAGCUCUGUUCCUGACGAGCAAGGCAGGAGCCUAUGUGAAUGGUUGUAUACAAUUGCUUGAUGGAGGGAGGCUAUCAAUACUACCAGCUACCUACUAA